AUGCUCGUCUCUACUCUCCUCGCCCUCCUGCCCAUGGCGGCCGCCGCCCCGUCCGCCGUCCGAGGCCCCGCCCCCGUCGUCGUCCCCCGCGGCGGCACCCACAUUGAGGGCAAGUACAUUGUCCGCAUGAAGUCCAACACCGUCUCGACGGCCGUCCACUCGGCCAUCAGCUCCAUCAAGGCGGACGCCGACUACACCUACCAGCGAGGCUUUGCCGGCUUCGCCGCCAGCCUCGAUGACGACGAGCUCAGGGCCCUCCAGAACGACCCCAACGUCGACUACAUUGAGCAGGACGCCACCGUCACCAUCACCGCCACCCAGACAAACGCCCCCUGGGGCCUCGCCCGCCUCUCCUCCGCCUCCCCCGGCGGCACCACCUACACCUACGACGAGUCGGCCGGCGAGGGCACCUGCGCCUACGUCCUCGACACGGGCAUCGACGUCGACCACCCCGAGUUCGAGGGCCGCGCGCAGUGGCUCGAGAACUUUACGCAGGACGGCGACACGGACGGCCAGGGCCACGGCACCCACUGCGCCGGCACCAUUGGCGCCCGGACCCACGGCGUGGCCAAGAAGACCAACCUCUUUGCCGUCAAGGUCCUCGACGACGCCGGGUCGGGCACCAACUCGGGCAUCAUCGCGGGCAUCGAGUGGGUCGUCGACGACGCACCCACCCGCCGAGGCUGCGAAAAGGGCGCCGUCGUCAACAUGUCGCUCGGCGGGGGGUUCUCUCAGGCCAUCAACGACGCGGCCGCCUCCAUCGCCGACGCGGGCCUCUUCCUCGCCGUCGCGGCCGGCAACGAGGCCGCCAAUGCCGCCAGCAGCUCGCCCGCCUCCGAGCCCAAGGCCUGCACGGUCGGUGCGUCGGACGCGAGCGACCGGCUCGCCGACUUUUCCAACUUUGGCAAGCUCGUCGACGUGAUUGCGCCUGGCGUCGGCAUCCUCUCCACCGUGCCUGGCGGCAGGACCGAGGAGCUCGACGGCACGUCCAUGGCCUCGCCGCACGUGGCUGGCCUGGCGGCGUACCUGCUCGGCAAGGGCGAGGCCAUGGACGGCCUCUGCGGGUACAUUGCCAGGACGGGCCUGCAGAUCGUCACCGGCGCGCCCAACGGCACCACCACCGCGCUCAUCAACAACGGGAACCAGUGA